AUGGCCACGGUCGCCGCGCAACGAGUUCGUCCUUCGCCUUCGACCUCGCAGGCCUCGUCCAAGGCCGGGUCGCCCGAGUCGCGCCCGUCGCCCGCCCAGAAUGCCAUGUCCGUCUCCAGCACCGAGAGUCUGAAUGGCACUGCGCCACCUGCCGAGCCACAGAAGCCCGCCCCCGCCACAGAGGAGAAGCCCUCAAUGACGAAGCGUCUAACGCGCAUGUUCUCGACGAGAGACGCUCUGCGAUCCAACAACAGCGUCGAUUCGCAGCAAACAUCCGCUGGUAACGCCUCGUCAAAACAAGAUCCCCCUGCGUCCUCCACGCCCCGAACCAGCACCCCCGUUCGAAAACCGUCGUCGGCCAAGGAGAAGUCGGACCGCUCAGAGAAGUCCGUCACGACGCUGUCGAAGGAGAAGAAACCCAUGCCGAGCCAGCGCUACGCCGUGGUGCCCGAGGCCCAGGGCGGCCAUGAGCAUCACUUGAAGAGUGCGAAGAGGCAGGAGAAGCUCUCGGACAUGCUCCGAAACGUUAUCAGUGGGAAGAAGAACGUGGAGCCCCACGAGGGCGAGCAGCAACUAUCGCUCAUGUCGAACUGGGUCGACCAGCUGAAACGCGAGCGGGAAACUCUGGCUUCAGAUAAGAAAGGGGGCCCGAAUGCCACGGCGUCGUUGGUAGAGAAGUACGGCAAAUGCCAGGAGAUUGUUGGUCGCGGAGCUUUCGGCAUCGUCAGGAUCUCGCACAAGCGGUCAGACAACGGAGAGCAACUAUUCGCUGUCAAGGAGUUCCGUCGACGGCCGGAGGAGAACGAGAAGAAAUACAGCAAGCGGCUCACGUCUGAAUUCUGUAUAUCGUCCUCAUUACGACACCCCAACGUCAUCCACACCCUCGACCUCCUGCAAGACUCAAAGGGUGACUACUGUGAGGUUAUGGAAUUCUGUGCAGGUGGGGAUCUCUACACGCUCGUGCUCGCCGCCGGGAAGCUCGAGGUCAACGAAGCGGACUGCUUCUUCAAGCAGAUGAUGCGUGGCGUCGAGUACAUGCACGAGAUGGGCGUUGCACACCGAGACCUGAAACCCGAGAACCUCCUCCUUACCACUCAUGGUGCCCUCAAGAUUACUGAUUUCGGGAACGGCGAAUGCUUCCGCAUGGCUUGGGAGUCAGAAACACACAUGGUCACCGGUCUUUGCGGAUCGGCCCCCUACAUCGCUCCCGAGGAAUACGUUGACAAAGAGUUUGAUGCCAGAGCUGUGGAUGUGUGGGCCACAGGCGUGAUCUACAUGGCCAUGCGAACCGGGCGGCAUCUCUGGCGGGUAGCGAAGAAGGAGGAAGACGAAUUCUACGAGAGAUACUUGGAAGGGAGAAGGGAUGAGGAGGGUUAUGCUCCUAUUGAAUCACUGCAUCGGGCGCGUUGCCGAAAUGUCAUCUAUUCAAUCCUGGAUCCUAACCCCGGACGCCGCAUCACCGCUUCUCAGGUCCUGAAGUCCGAAUGGGGCCGUGAGAUCAAGCUCUGCAAAGCAGGGGAGGAAGGGAUCUGA